AGUGGCCAGCAUGAUCUUCCAGUGGUUCUGGCUGGGCCCCUGAGAUGGCUUGUUUGGCAACUUAAAAAGAAACAAAUUCUCCAAUCAAAAAAUGACCUGGUCCUCAAAUAUCACUGAACCAGUGAAGGAGAACCUGAUGCUAAUGAGAUUGGCACUUCAAAAGCAAAUCUUCUGGAAUGACGGACCCAUUUCAGUGCUGAGGAACCAGAGAAGAACGAGGAGAGACUGAGUGGCUAGGAUAACAAAUCCCUGGACACUCAUGCAUUCUCCAAGUCGGCUGUGUUCUUCACCUUGACCAUUUGAAAAAGAUUGCAAAUUGACGCUUGGUGUGGUCUCUGUGGUGACAGUGCCUGCUCUUCUCAAAACCGUCAUUUGGAAGCCCAGGAGAAACGAGAGGACCCUUUCUACUGCUUUUCUUGGAUAUUUCUGGAUGUGAUUACAUCUCAUUGAGAAGUUCCCACUUCUAUCGACAGACAAGGAAAAGGCUUACAGCACUUCAGCUCACCACACCAACAGGACCUGAAGACCGAAUUUUUCUUGCUUGCUUUGGAGUCAGCUAAGCAGAAGUUCACAAGGUCACUGACAAGAAAACUUUGCAUGACAGAUGAGCACUUGCUCCCUGAAAGAGAUGUCUGACAGCCACAGCAGUCCUCUCCUGCCACAGACCCUUCCAAGCAGAUACGCCCUCUACGAGGCAGAGCCCAGCAGCCCUACCUGGCCCUCAGGCUCCCAGGAUACACACCCAGCCCUGCCCUUGCUGGAAAUGCCUGAAGAAAAGGUUCUCCGACCAUCUGAUGAAGAUAGUCACAUUGUGAAAAUCGAAAAGCCCAGUGAGAGGAGUAAAAGGAGAGAAAGUGAGGUCCCCCACCGGGGCCCUGCUGGCCAGAGAGGCUUCAGCCUCUUCCAAGCAGUGGGGUACCUCACAGGUGAAAUGAAAGAAUGCAGGGACUGGCUGAAAGAUAAGCCCCUGGCCCUGCAGUUCAUCGACUGGAUCCUCAGGGGCACUGCGCAGGUUAUGUUCGUCAACAACCCUCUCAGUGGCUUCAUCAUUGUUAUAGGACUUCUGAUCCAGAAUCCCUGGUGGACAAUUACUGGGGUUCUGGGGACAGUAGUCUCAACUUUAACUGCUCUUGCCUUAAGCCAGGACAGGUCAGCCAUCGCCUCAGGACUCUGUGGCUACAACGGCAUGCUGGUGGGACUGCUGGUGGCCUUGUCCUCUGAGAAGUUAGACUACUACUGGUGGCUUCUGUUUCCUGUGGUCUUUACAACCAUGGCCUGCCCAGUUGUUUCUAGCGCCUUGAGUUCCAUCCUCAGCAAGUGGGACCUACCAGUCUUCACACUGCCCUUCAACAUUACACUGACCCUGUACCUGGCAGCCACAGGCCAUUACAACCUCUUCUUCCCUACAACACUGGUGGAACCUAUGUCUUCAGUACCAAAUAUCACUUGGACAGAGAUUGAAAUGCCCUUGCUGUUACAAGCCAUCCCUGCCGGGGUGGGUCAGGUGUAUGGCUGUGACAAUCCCUGGACUGGCGGCCUAAUCCUGGUGGCUCUAUUCAUCUACUCACCACUCAUCUGCUUGCAUGCAGCCAUUGGGUCAAUUGUGGGGAUGCUGGCAGCCCUAACAGUGGCCACACCCUUCGAGACUAUCUACAUGGGCCUCUGGGGCUACAACUGCGUCCUCUCUUGCAUCGCCAUCGGGGGCAUGUUCUAUGCCCUCACCUGGCAGACCCACCUGCUGGCCCUUGUCUGCACCCUCUUCUGUGCAUACAUGGGAGCGGCUCUCUCCAACCUGAUGGCAGUGGUUGGUGUGCUGCCAGGCACCUGGGCCUUCUGCCUCUCUUCCCUUAUCUUCCUGCUCCUGACAACUAACAACCCUGCCAUCUACAAACUCCCACUCAGCAAGGUCACCUACCCAGAGGCCAACCGCAUCUACUACCUGACAAUGAGAAACCCUGAAGAAGCGAAGUCUCCCAGCGGCGGUGGUGAAGAGAACCCCCGUACGGUGGGCCAGAAGGCAGAGGAGGGUACAGAGGCUGUGCUCCCCAGGCGCAGGAGUGUGUUCCACAUCGAGUGGUCAUCUGUUCGGAGGAGGAGCAAAGUGUUCGGAAAAGGCGAAAGCCAGGAGAGGCAGACCAAAGAGCCUUUUCCCUAUCUGUACCAGAAGCCAACCGUGGAGCUGCUGGAUCUGGACACCAUGGAGGAAAGCUCUGAGAUAAAGGUGGAAGCUGCUGUGCCCAAGACGUCCUGGAUCCAAAGUUCCAUGGCUGCCGGGGGAAAGAGGGUCAGCCAAGCCCUCAGCUACAUCACAGGAGAGAUGAAGGAAUGUGGGGAGGGACUUAAAGACAAGUCACCAGUGUUCCAGUUUCUCGACUGGGUGCUCCGGGGCAUAUCUCAGGUGAUGUUCGUGAACAACCCACUCAGUGGCAUCCUCAUCGUCAUUGGCCUCUUUAUCCAGAACCCCUGGUGGGCCAUCUCAGGCUGCCUGGGCACCAUCGUGUCCACCUUGACAGCACUUUUGCUGAGCCAGGACAAGUCAGCCAUUGCAGCAGGACUCCAUGGCUACAACGGGGUCCUUGUGGGGCUGCUGAUGGCUGUGUUUUCAGACAAGGGCAACUACUAUUGGUGGCUUCUGCUCCCAGUCAUCGUCAUGUCCAUGACUUGCCCGGUCCUCUCCAGCGCUCUGAGCACCAUCUUCAGCAAGUGGGACCUGCCAGUCUUCACGCUGCCCUUCAACAUCGCCGUGACGCUGUACCUGGCAGCCACGGGUCACUACAACCUCUUCUUCCCCACAACGCUGCUGCGGCCUGCAUCCUCUGUGCCCAAUGUCACCUGGUCGGAGAUCCAAGUGCCCUUGCUUUUGAGAGCCAUCCCUGUCGGAGUCGGUCAAGUGUACGGCUGUGACAACCCUUGGACUGGAGGCAUUUUCCUCGUAGCUCUGUUCAUAUCUUCACCCCUGAUUUGCUUGCAUGCUGCAAUUGGAUCCACCAUGGGGAUCUUAGCAGCACUCAGCAUCGCCACGCCCUUUGACUCCAUCUACUUCGGCCUGUGUGGCUUCAACAGCAGCCUGGCAUGCAUCGCCAUCGGAGGCAUGUUCUACGUCCUCACCUGGCAGACGCACAUCCUUGCCAUCGCCUGCGCUCUGUUCACAGCCUACCUGGGCACUGCUCUGGCCAAUAUACUGUCUGUGUUUGGAUUACCAUCCUGCACCUGGCCCUUCUGCCUCUCAGCACUCACCUUCCUGCUCCUGACGACCAAUAAUCCUGCCAUCUACAAGCUCCCGCUUAGCAAAGUCACCUACCCGGAGGCCAAUCGCACCUACUACCUGUCACAGGAGAGGAACAGAAGGGCAUCAACCAUCACAAAGUACCAGGCUUACGAUGUCUCCUAAGUUGUCUUUUCCAAAACAUGUCACUCUAUAUGCAGCUAUCAGCAAGCUAUCUGGGUCCCCAGGCUAAAGGCUGCCUAACCUCCCCCUCUGUCUGUUCUGUGAUUUGCCCCAAGCACAGGGAAAUGUGUGUGGUCAGCAUUAGGGAACUGUCUAAGAUGACCUAGUUCAGACUUCAUUCUUAUCAUCCAUCCCUAGCCCCAUGAAAGCUCCUCUUUGACAGGAACUUUUCCUGUUCUGUGAAAGAAUCUUCAUUCCCAAGGAAAUGUCACCAAGAAUGGGACAGAAAUGGCUGACAUUCCUGCCAGCUUGGUCAUUUAGUAUAGCAAAGCAUAGUGCUGGGAAAUGUCCAUUGGCCUGGAAGGCAAGAGGGCUGAUCCCCCCCAGCUGCACCACGAAUGGAGCCCAACAGCCACAGGCCACACUUCCGGCUUCAGCAUCUCUGCCUGGACGUCUCCUUGGCAGGAAUUUCUUCAUGACAGGGAGGGACUUAGGUCCCUUCUACCUCAGAAGUGUUGGUUCUUCUCGUCUCCUAUAACCUGAUCAAAUCAGCAUAAUCAGAAAGUGAUUGCCUGGAAUCCAGAAACAGAAGACAGUGCAGCCUACAAAAGGGCAGGAAAGGGCUGCUGCUCUCUGCAGGUUUAUUUUGAGGUCAUGGAAGAUGAUUGGCUCCAGAUUGUGGUCAGGAGCCAAAACCUACCGAAAAUGUCACUAUGCCUUCCUUUACAUAACUGAAAUACUUCCAGAAGUGUCAUAAGGGCAAAACUGAUCUUUCUCAUCAUUAUAACCACAUUGUAAACAAGUGUCUUUCCUUUUACAACAUUCAUAAUUACACGCUCAUUAAACUCUUUAAAUUUGCAA